AUGGUCCGAAACCAGACACCUAGCAACGAUAUACCACGGUUUUCCCCACCCCACCCUUUUAUACUUAUUCUUUUGAAGAUUCUUCGUUGUCAAGCCGCCAAAGUGGAGAGUGUGAUUGCAGAAGGGGGUGCUUCUCGUUUCAGUGCUUCUUCGGGCGGAGGAGGAGGUAGGGGUGCACCUCAGCACUAUCCCAAGACUGUCGGCAACAGCGAGUACCUGGGGAAAACCCCAGGGCCUAGCGUUCAGAGAUGGGUUCCUUCACGAAGCACUAGACGAGAUGUCAACUCCACCAAUGAAAAAGAGCGUCAUGAUGCAAUAUUUAGGAAAGUAAGAGGCAUACUUAAUAAACUAACCCCUGAGAAGUUUGACAAGCUAUGCCUUGAGCUCCUCAAUGUGGGCGUAGAUUCAAAACUCGUCCUCAAAGGAAUCAUCUUGCUGAUCGUAGACAAAGCCCUAGAAGAGCCCAAGUACAGCUCACUCUAUGCUCAGCUAUGUCUGCGUCUGGCAGAGGAUGCACCAAACUUUGAUGGCCCUACACCCGAGAUCCAAACCUCACAAAAGCAGAGCACAACCUUCAGAAGACUUUUGAUUUCCAAGCUUCAAGAUGAAUUUGAGAACCGCACCAAAAAUGUUGACAUCUAUGACAAACAGGACAACCCUCUCACUUCUGAGGAAGAGGAGCAGCGUGCCAUUGCCAAGAUCAAGAUGCUUGGCAACAUUAAAUUCAUCGGGGAACUUGGCAAACUUGACCUCAUCCACGAAUCUAUCCUUCAUAAGUGCAUCAAAACACUUUUGGAAAAGAAGAAGAGGGUUCAGCUCAAGGAUAUGGGGGAGGAUUUGGAGUGCCUCUGUCAGAUAAUGAGAACUGUGGGGCCCAGACUCGACCAUGAAAAAGCCAAGUCUUUAAUGGAUCAGUACUUUGGCCGUAUGCGAUCCUUAAUGAACAACAAGGACUUGCCAGCCAGGAUUCGUUUCCUACUGCAAGACACAGUGGAGCUGCGAGAAAACAAUUGGGUUCCUCGCAAAGCUUUUAUCGACAACGGACCAAAGACGAUUAAUCAGAUUCGUCAGGAUGCAGUGAAGGAUUUGGGCGUCUUCAUUCCGCCCAUGACCCAGGGAAUGAGAAUGGACUUCUUUCUGGAGGGCCCUUUCAUGCCAGCCAGGAUGAAAAUGGACAGAGAAACUCUUGGGGGAUUGGCUGACAUGUUUGGACAGAUGCCAGGCAGUGGGAUAGGGACUGGUCCAGGAGUGAUCCAGGACCGAUUCUCCCCCACGCUGGGGCGUCAUCGCACAAACCCGCUCUUCAACGGCCAUGGCGGACACAUGGCUCCGCCACCUCAGUCUCAGUUUGACUUGGGCGUCAAACCUUUCAUGAAAUCAAACCAGGGGCAGAAUCAGCAUUUCCACAACCAAAAUCAGAACCAUUCGACCCAGCAGCAAGUUCAGUCGAAGGAAAUGCCCCCUCGCUUCAAGAAAGGACAACUGAAUGCAGAUGAGAUCAGCCUGAGACCAGCUCAGUCAUUCCUUAUGAAUAAAAACCAAGUGCCAAAGCUGCAGCCUCAAAUUCCCACCAUGAUCCCACCCAGCGCUCAGCCACCACGCACCCAGACCCCGCCACUCGGACAGCCUCCUCAGCUUGGUCUGAAAACCAAUCCUCCACUGAUCCAGGAGAAACCUCAAAAGACCAGCAAGAAACCAGCACCAGCUAAGGAGGAGCUGCUUAAAAUGACUGAGACAAUAGUGACUGAGUAUCUGAACAGCAAGAACAUGGAGGACGCGGUCAGUGGUGUGAGAGAGAUGAAAGCUCCCAAACACUUCCUGCCUGAAAUGUUGAGCAAGAUCAUCCUGUGUUCUCUGGAGCGCUCAGAUGAGGAUCGGGAGCAAGCCAGCACCCUGGUCCACACACUCCGCACCGAGGGACUCAUCACGGGGGAAAACUUCAUGCAGGCCCUCCUGAACGUGUUGGACCAGUGUCCUAAGAUCGAGGUGGAUGUGCCCCUGGUGAAGUCUUACCUGGCCCAGUUUGCAGCGCGGGCCAUUAUCGCCGAGUUGGUGACGGUGGCGGAGUUGGCACACCCACUGGAGAACGGCACCCAUUUCCCUCUCUUCCUACUGUGCCUGCAACAGGUGUCAAAGCUGAAGGACCGUGAGUGGCUCACUGACCUUUUCCAGCAGAGCAAGGUCAACAUGCAAAAGAUGCUCCCUGAGAUCGACCAGAAUAAGGACCGCAUGUUGGAGAUUCUGGAGGGGAAAGGCCUGAGUUUCCUGUUCCCACUGCUGAAGCUGGAGAAAGAGCUGCUGAAACAGAUCAAAGCAGACCCGUCCCCACAGGCCAUCUACAAGUGGAUUAAAGACAACAUCUCACCUAAACUCCACACUGACAAAGGCUUCAUAAACAUUCUUAUGACCAGCUUCCUGCAGUACAUUUCCCAUGAGCUGUGCAUGUCGGAAGGGGACGAGCAGCUGUCAGCGCCCUCGAAAGAGCAGCUGGACCAGGAGAAACAGCUGCUGCUGGCUUUCAAGCCGGUCAUGCAGAAGUUCCUCCACGACCACACGGACCUCCAGGUCAGCGCCCUGUAUGCACUACAGGUCCACUGCAACGCCAGCUCCUUCCCCAAAGGCAUGUUGCUGCGUUACUUUGUGAACUUUUACGACAUGGAGAUCAUUGAAGAAGAAGCCUUCCUUGCAUGGAAAGAAGAUAUUACUCAAGAGUUCCCUGGAAAAGGAAAAGCUUUGUUCCAGGUGAACCAGUGGCUGACUUGGCUGGAGACAGCCGAGGAAGAGGAGUCGGAGGAGGAGGCAGACUGAAGAAGCAGCCAAAGCUAUCUGAGAGCAGAGAACCCUUCUCUAGAGAUGCAGCUUUUUUAUUUGUCCUUCUCUCUGUCUUAUCUUUUCACCAAACUUACCCCAUGUACAGUAACUCAGCCACUUCAUCAUCAACAACACCAUAUACUGCUGCUAGACUCAUAAAGUAUCUGAAAGGCACCGUGCAGUAGCAACAUUUCACUGCCUGUAAUGCUUCUCUUAGCCUCAUGGAUUUAAACUUUAUAUGUUCUUUUUUUCAUUUCGUUUUUUUUUUUUUUUUGCUUUAGGGUAGACAGAGCUUUGAGUACCUGUGCCGCUUCUAUAUGGUAAUAGUUUACACAAGCCAGUUCUAUCACUAAACUCAAGAUUUGAUUUUUUUUUUUUUUUUUUUUUUUCCGGCUCAUAUCACUGAUGCAGAGCAGAAAUCUCAGUUCGUCUGAAACCUCCAUGUUCCCCUUUGCUUUCUGGAAUAACCAACAUCACUGUUAGCAUUUUGUACUCUCUAAGCUGUCUUUGACUGAUAGAAAAAGAGGACUAAAAAGCAAACAUGUUAACAGCUAACUAACUGAUUACAGUUGACAUGGAGCAGAAUGACAUUUUGGAGUGUUGAGAGGAGUAGUUACUUGAGCCCCUUACGUUUUGCUACACAAAUGCACAUUCUUUAGCAGUGUACGGGGAUGCUUACAGUAUUCAUGCAUCCCCCUGUAGUAAUGGAGGAAAAAAAAAAAAUCCACAAAACUGUAAUAAUUGGUUUUGUUGCCGAAACAGUUGUCAGUUUCUACCUCCUUCUGAAUGGGCUAUGAUUGUGGUGCUGAGGAUAAUGAAUGUACUCAGCAACCAGUUUUUUUGUUUUGGUUUUUUUUUUGGUUUUUUUUUCGUUUUUUUUUUUUGUCAGAGAAAAUGAAGAUCUUGGAAAAACAAAUCUGAGCAGUAGUUUUUACAAAGAGAGGUCCUGCACAAUACACAGGCCGGUAACGCAGCUUGCCGUGGAGCUUACAGUAAGUGCUUUGCAGGGCACCGGUGAUUGUUACAGAUCUGAAAUAAACAAAGCUCUCAGUGUUGGCUUAUUUCCCUGCUCUGUUCCCAACCCUUAUGCCUUUAGCUUGGAUCCAGUGUGUAUGACUGUAUAAUUUACAGGUGUGUUUCUCUGUGUUACGGCUGUUCAGAAUCAAACUUAUGUGACCCUACCAAUCUGUGACAGGCUCCGCUGUGAGCCCCUAAACAAAAGAAAGGUGAUGUUUUAACUCGUCUUAAAAUUGAUAAAAGAAUGCUGAAAGUGACACAAAUUAAAAAACAAAAAAUGAUUUUUAAUAGAAAUGCCCUGUCCCGUUGCCCAUUCUCGAAGAAAUGCUUUUACCCUUGUCAGUACAAAGUGUUGAGACAACCUAACGUUAUUGACAAGUGUUUUAAUUGUGAAAAAUAAGGGAUGUUACAUUCCCGUGGAGGUGUUACCAGCUGUCGGUCUUGACCAUUCUAAGUGGCUUGCAAUCAUGUCAUUUUAAGGUUGUGUAGUAGUGUUCAAUAUUGUACACCACUAUUGCUUAACUUUCAAUAAAGCAAAACACUUGACCACAAAAAAAA